AUGAAUAACAACGCAAAUAACGGAGUCGGCAACCAGAAUGAAAAUGGAAACCGAAACCACCAGAUCCCAGGACAUCUUCUCCAACAUGCUCCUCGGCCUCGAAACGUGAUGUUCACGAUGUCUGGAAGGCAGCAGGAACUAAUGUAUGUUACCUGGGCCGCUGCGCGAGUGCGCGUGCGCCAAUACAUGUACGAGCCCACCCUGCCACUCCCUCCCCAUCCGCUGCCUCCGCUCUGGGAAGAUGAAGUCCGCGCGAUGAUGACAUUAUGGAUUGCUAGAGAACGCCGGAUGUUCGAGAUGGAGAUGCGAGAGCUCGAGUAUCUACUGGGACUCAGAGAUGAAGAGGGGCUCUAA